AGUUUCCCUAAUCUACCAUGAAGAUGACAACCCUUCUCUAUGACCGUCUUUGGGCCUGCGCUCUCCUCAUGAGCACGCUAACCGGAAGAAGUUAUGGACAAACUUCCUUACAAGAUGAAAUUAAGGACAACACAACGAUAUUCACUCGAAUUCUAGACCGACUACUUGAUGGUUAUGAUAAUCGCCUGAGACCAGGAUUAGGAGAGCGUGUAACUGCAGUGAAGACUGACAUCUUUGUUACCAGCUUUGGGCCUGUUUCAGACCACGAUAUGGAAUAUACAAUAGAUGUAUUUUUCCGGCAAAGCUGGAGGGACGAAAGGCUGAAGUUCAAAGGACCCAUGACAGUCCUCCGGCUGAAUAAUUUAAUGGCCAGCAAAAUAUGGACACCAGAUACUUUUUUUCACAAUGGAAAGAAAUCAGUGGCUCACAACAUGACCAUGCCGAAUAAACUCCUGCGGAUUACAGAAGAUGGGACGUUGCUCUACACAAUGAGACUCACAGUGAGGGCAGAAUGUCCGAUGCACUUAGAAGACUUUCCCAUGGAUGCACACGCUUGCCCUUUGAAAUUUGGAAGCUAUGCUUAUACAAAAUCAGAAGUGCUGUAUGAGUGGACACGGGAACCAGCUCGGUCCGUUGUAGUCGCAGAAGAUGGAUCUCGGUUGAACCAAUAUGAUCUCAUGGGACAAACUGUGGAUUCUGGAAUUGUGCAAUCCAGUACAGGAGAAUAUGUUGUGAUGACUACCUAUUUCCACUUGAAGAGAAAGAUUGGAUACUUUGUCAUUCAGACAUACCUGCCAUGCAUUAUGACUGUGAUUUUAUCACAGGUUUCUUUUUGGCUCAACAGAGAAUCUGUUCCAGCAAGGACUGUGUUUGGAGUGACAACCGUGCUAACAAUGACUACCUUGAGCAUCAGUGCGCGGAAUUCUCUUCCCAAGGUGGCCUAUGCCACAGCGAUGGAUUGGUUUAUAGCUGUGUGCUAUGCAUUUGUCUUCUCUGCAUUGAUUGAAUUUGCAACAGUAAACUACUUCACAAAGAGAGGUUAUGCGUGGGAUGGCAAGAGUGUUGUUCCAGAAAAGCCAAAGAAAGUAAAGGAUCCUCUCAUUAUGAAAAAUAAUUCAUUUACAGCACCAGCGACAGCCACAAGCUUCACCCCUAAUAUUGCAAGGGACCCUGGACUGGCAACCAUUGCUAAAAGUGCAACAAUAGAGCCUAAAGAUGUCAAAGCAGAAACAAAACCUCCAGAACCCAAGAAAACGUUUAACAGUGUCAGCAAAAUUGAUCGACUAUCAAGAAUAGCAUUCCCGUUGCUUUUUGGAAUUUUUAAUUUAGUGUACUGGGCUACUUAUUUAAAUAGAGAGCCUCGGCUUCAAGAUGAAACCCCUCCUCACUAACCCUGCUAACCAUAUUGUUCGUUCCGUCUCUUUUGCACUGGGGAUUGUUUCUUUUUUUGGUUUCAAACACACAGCAAUUCCCAUUUACUUCAUUGCCUCUGUCUUAAAGAAAUGGAGAUUUCCUUAUUUUAUAAAGUAAAAGUAUAUAAUAUAUAUAAAUAUAAAUAUUAUAUAUAUAGAUAGAUAAAAUAGAAAAGAUAUUAAAAUUGUACUCUAGGGCUGUAACAAUGUGAUGUAGACACCAGAUUCUGAACCGCAACUCUGAACGAGAGGUAAAUGUAAGAAAUCUAAACCACAUGUAGAUAGCUUAUUGCUGAAUGUCCCCAUAAGAGAUGCUGUACAUGUCAGAAGAGAAAUAUUUUUAUGCAAAAUGAUAGAAGGUAAAACAGUCUUUAUAUAUGUUCAUGUUGCACAUACAGUAUUGUACUUUCCAUUUUUGGAGUGCUGCUUAUUUUAAAUUCUUUUAUAAGAUAUACAUCUUUCCAAAGUGGUGGAUUCCAGAAGAUACAAAUAUUUUUCCUAGCUUUCUUUUUACCUAAAUUCCCAACCACCAGUUUUAAAAUAUAUAAUGUUAUUUACAUA